AUGCGGGGACCAGAUGCAAAUGCGUGGAAGGUGUGCUGCCUGAAUCUGGGCCGAAAGUUCCCCUUUGGCUUGCCUACAAAUCUACCGACUUCUCACCUCACUCCUCUCCUGUUCACCGCCGCUUCCCAAUUCCACUAUUCUCGAUCAGUCCCGUCUCAGGGCUCCAUUCUUUCGACCGGUCUGACUGUAUUCUCACCUUGUCCAGCCGCCGUUGCUAUCAAAACCCGACUUUAUCGAAGUGGUGCUGCAGGAUAUGGGCAAGUGUGCCCUGCUGUGGGGCUUGUUUGGACAGCCAAGAUUGUAUUCGCGCGCGCGGACUCAAGCUUGCCUCGCGUAUUCGCCCGUGCAUACUAA